AUGGAGUCGAGGCCAGCCGCGUCGACCGCGCUGGUGCGCAAGCGAAGCGAGAUGGAGCUGAUGCCUCCGCCGCCGGCGCCGAAGCGGAUCAAGCGCCCGAAGAAGGUCCUCGACGAAGACACCUACACCGACGCGCUGUCGCAAAUCAUCGCCCGCGACUUCUUCCCGGGCCUUCUGGAGAGCGAGACGCAGCAGGAGUAUCUGGACGCGCUGGAAUCGAAGGACCAGGAAUGGAUCAGCAGCGCUGGCAGGCGGCUGCACCAGGUCAUGACGCCGGGCCGGCACAAGUCGAGGCGCGGAACGUCCCUCGCCCCCGGAGCGCAGACGCCGCGCGGCUUCGUCGGGGACACGCCCGUUUCUGUGUCUGGUGACUCCACCGUCCCGUCCGCGCCGCCCGAGAAACCGGACGUGGACACCAGUAUGAGUCUGGGCGCUUUCCAGUCCAAGUACACGAGCGAAGACAACGAGAGCUUCUACAAGCUGCUGGACAGGCAGAACAGCAAGAGGGCCGAGAAAUACGCAUGGCUGUGGGCGGGCAACAAGCUGCCCUCGAAGAUGCAGCUGAAACAGAAGCAGGUCGAGGCCAAGCUCGCCGAGACGCGGAGCCUGACUGAUGACGGAUUCAAGCGGGAUAGGCUAGCCAUCCGGGACCGCGACGAACGACCGGCGCAGCCCGACAGCUGGAAGGCGCUUCCCAACAACUCGCUCAUGUUUGAGCCGGACAGCGUGGAGGACUCGAUGGAGACUGUCGCUCAGAAAUCCGAAGCUAUCUCCAGAGCGGCGCCGAAAGCCGUGAACUACCAGAACACAAGAUUAGCGCCGCCAAAGGUCAGCGACGAGGAGUCAGAGCCGGGCUCGCCGUCUCUCUCGGCUGUACGAGACGCCAUUGCAGGGAGACGAACCGGGAGUGUGGCCACCUCCAGCAUUGUUGGCAGCGAGACGCCGCGCGUGAACAGGUACGCCUUUGUGGACGACGAGGAGCCCGAGCACGAGGCUCCAAGGGCGCCCAAGAUCGAUCUUGGCCCCGGCGAUGCGACGCCGAACCCUUUCGUGAUAAAGCAUCAAAGCAGGAGGGAAGCACUCCACCACCGCAUGGUAGACAAGAUUUCAGAGUCGAAGAGGACGUCGAGCAAGGUUGGGAUGACUGGCAAAGUCGACAGCACACCGGUACCCAAGUUUCCUAGUAGUCCUCGCAUCGGCGGAGGACUCACGCCCGCCGCGCAGCGGCUUUGGGGCAAGAUUGGUGGCGGUGGAGGACAGACUCCACGCACGCCUUUCGGCGACUCUACGCCGGCGCGGAAGGUGUCAAAGCUGAGGCAGGUGACGAAAUGA